CCCGGCCCGUCGCGUCCCGCCGCCGCCGCCGCCGCAUGGGGCCCCCCGGGCCGGCCUGACUCCCCCCCGCAGCAUCGCCGCACCCCGGAGACGGGCCCCGCCGAGGAGCCGCGACGGGACCCCCCGGCUGCCCGGCACCGGCUGGACCCUCCGGAGCACGGAGAGACCCCCUCCGGGCCCCCUCCCCGGGGGCAGACGACCCUCGGAGCCGCCCCGGGGCUGCCCCAGCCGGACCCCUCGGACCCCCCCGACUCGUCCCAUCGCUGGAGCAGAGACCUCAGCCCCACCCGGGACCCUUCUCCGGGGCCAGGGACCCCUGGGGAGACGCGGUCCCUUCCUCCGGACGUGGGAGCCGGCACCCCUGGGGACCCGCCAGCCGUCCCCGCGGGGGCGAAGGACGCCUGGAGCCCCCCACCCACGCCGGGGGCGAAGGCCCCGGACCCCCCUGCCCACAUCCCCCCUCCCGGGCUGGCCCCUGGCCACCGAGGGUCCCGCUCCCGGGGCUGGGGGGAGCCGGGCUGCCCCGUGCCCCCCGGCUGAGCCGGCCCUGAGCCGGCGGGGCGGCCGUGGGGCGUCGAGGAGCCCCGGGUGGGCCGCAGCACCCUGCCCCUCCCUGGCCCCAUGGCGGCCAAGUGGUUCAAGGAGUUCCCCUCCAACCUGAAGACGGUUUCGGAGAGGGCUCGGCCAGGCAGCGGUAGCCUGGGCAAGAGCCGCAAGAAUUCGGCUGCCGAGCUGGGGGGCUGCCGGGCUGGCCCGGGGGGUGGCAAGGAGGGGGGUGGCCGGUUGUCGCGGGACAACCUGCAGGGUCUGCUCCAGGCUGCCACUGGGAAGAUGCGGAAGAACUCCCGGGUGGAGGGGGGGACACCGGAGGGACCCCCCAAAGCCUGCGGCACCUACAUCAACCGCCUCAUCAAGGUGGAGGCUCACGAGAAGAACGGGAAGGGGUACCCUGGCCCCCUGCCCACCGGCCUGCCUGCCCCGGAGCAGGACAAGGGGAAGACCCUCAAGACAGAGACGGUCAUCAUCCUGGAGGACUACGCCGACCCCUACGACGCCAAGCGCACCAAGGGUCAGCGGGACGCCGAGCGCCUGGGGGAGAACGACGGCUACAUGGAGCCCUACGACGCCCAGCAGAUGAUCACAGAAAUCCGCCGUCGGGGCUCCAAGGACCCCCUGGUCAAAGCCAUCCUGCUGCUGGACGGUCCUGGCGAGCCCGGGGAGGCGGGGGGCAAACCGGAGCCGGCCAAGCGGCCGGGGGGCAAGGAGACGGCAGGGAAGGGGCCACAGCUCUACGACACCCCCUAUGAGCCCGGGGAGGGGGUGGCUGGGGGGACCCCAGAGCGCAGGGCGAGGGCUGGGGAUGGGCGUCUGCCUGAGAAUGACGAGCGUCCCGCCGGAGAGUACGAGCAGCCCUGGGAGUGGAAGAAGGAGCAGAUCGUCAAAGCGCUGUCAGUCCAGUUUGAGGGCUCGGAGCGUCCCAAGGAGGAGAUGCCGCGGCAGCACCUCCGCCAGAAGAGCUGGACCCCCAAGAUGCUGAAGCCGGCGGGCGGCGAGCACGGCGAGGGGGAGCGGGUGGACCCCGCUCUGGCGCUGGAGAAGCAGCCCUGGUACCACGGGGCCAUCACACGGGCCGAGGCAGAGAGCCGGCUGCAGGCGUGCCGCGAGGCCGGCUACCUGGUGCGGACCAGCGAGACUGGCAGCGGCAAGUACUCCAUCGCGCUCAAGACCAGCCAGGGCUGCGUUCACAUCAUCGUGGCCCAGACCAAGGACAACAAGUACACGCUCAGCCAGGCCAGCGGCGUCUUCGCCAGCGUCCCCGAGGUCGUGCACUACUACUCCACCGAGAAGCUGCCCUUCAAGGGGGCUGAGCACAUGGCCCUGCUGCACCCCGUCCACUGCAAGCUGCAUUAGCACCCACUAAUGCCCCCUGCCCCCCUCCCCAAGACUGGCCCACGACCCCCCGGGCCCGGGGUGUGGGGCACGGUCCGGCCCCGGUGACGGCCGCGUGCUGUGGCGAGGGUCCCGCCGAAGACCCCCUUGGGUCACGUCCCCAGCCCUGUGGGGACCCCCCGCUCCUGCCUGAUGGCCCCUGGACUCGGGCACGGCUGCGCUGCCCUUUCGCCAGGACGGAUCCUGCCCGCCCUGUGCUGGAGCUGAGCUGCUGCGGGGCUGCCCCUGGCCCCCUCCGGGGCAGGGGGACACAGCGAGAUUGGGAUGUGUAAUGAAGUAGUAAAAUAAACUUGGCUGAGAGGA